CGAACGGUCUUCGGGGACGGUACUGCAAAUUUAAAACGUGCUGAAUUUUUUGAAAGUGCGACGGCACAGCAUAGCUGGAAGUAUACAUACACACAUACUAUUCUCGAGCCUUCGCGUCGUGUAACGUGUAUGUUGGAACAUAAGAAGUGAAAGAAAUUAUGAGUUGAAGUUGAAUUAUAAUAAGGAGGAGGAGUACUGUUCCAAGCGUGACGGCGAAGACGUCGACAAACGGCGACAACCGGGUGCGUGUGUUCGGUGUGUGAUGAGAAGAAGUCGUGCCCAAGCGAAACGCAGGAGAGUGUCGAGAAAAUAUGAUAAAGUGAAGCUGUUCCAAACCAAAAAUAUUGAAUUGAAAAGGUUUUAGCUUGUAUCAGAUAGCAUGAAAUAAGUGUAUGUAAGAUAUAUCUAUAAAAAAAAAGGCGUCAGUGAUAUUGGCAAAAAGUUCCUAACAAAAAGUCUCAAACGAAAACCAACAAUAGUCAUCAUGUCCUCCAAGAGCAGUUACUGCCCGUGGGCACUCGAAACUGUGUCCUGCCUUUUGCUAGUACUGCUGCUGAGUACUUCUGCGGCUAGUGAAGUCCAUCGGUUGCGGCAACUAAAUACGUCGGAGAGCAGUCUAAAUACGGCCGAAAUAUCAAGUGCUAGUAAAGUAUCGUCAGUCUCAGAUGAUUCCAGUCCGCCCCAUCGGUUCCACGCAAUUUUCCGAGGCGGGUCCCAGUCAGCGGUGGCGGAAUCAGCUUCCGAUGCUGUCAGGAAAAUGCUAAGAUCGGCACCGGUGACGGCCAACGCUACGGCUAGCACUAAUAAUGGGAAAGCUCGUGCGACGACGAAACUCUGCCGCGAAGGUUGCCUUGAAAAGCGUUCCAUCAAGGAUAUUCUUUGUACCCAGCAGCGAGAAUGCGCCAUGUGCUGGGACGUGUGCAACCGUAACCACCAGAUUCGUAAGGAGAACGAGCUAGCUCAGCGAUUGCUACUGAGCCUGAGCCGAAUGGUCCGGAACGAGUCUGUCGUGACGGCAGACAUUGAGUGGACUACACCGGAGGAACUGCUGGAACGCCAACCGCACUCGGUUGUACCAUCGCCGCUAGCAGCAAGCGAGAAUGUUGAGCGUUUAUCGAGAAUUGCACGGGACGGUGCCAACCCUGGGUCGUCCGUAUCCAAAAUUAUUCAAGCACUAAGCCAAGCUGUAACUCCAGAGGUUCAGCCCGUUACCAGCAGCGAGCAAACCUUUCACCAGUGUCUCGUUUCCUGGGAGAUCUCCGGGGGAGGCCUCACCGGUAAUCUGCUAACCGAAACUGCCAAAGUCGAGCUUUCAUUGUGGCCAAACACUAAGUACCACGUACAUGUAACGUGCCGAAAUAAGGAAACCGAUCAGCUCAUUCGAUCACCUCCGCUGUUGAUCGACACCAGCGAGGCCCAGAUCAUCAGCCUUCAGGGAACGACCACGAGCACAUCAACCACUACCACAACAACGCUGCGACCACUGUCAAUCAACUCGGUCAUCGAAGAGAUAGACGUAGUUCAAGCGACGUCCUUUUCCGACGAUGGCGACGAUAGCGAUGAUCAACAGAAUCGCCACCGCCCACAUCUUUGGCCCCUGUAUAGCAGUUCCGUCGGGUUGCCGGAAAAUUCCAAGGAAAUUCUCAUUCUUGGCGUUUUUGUGGGGAUACUAGCCUUUGUUUUGAUCAUUCUAACCGUCGUCAUUCUGGUUCGACGGAAGCAGGACCAAAUCGAAGACCGGGAGCUGUUGAUCGAAAGCGAAGUUCUGCCGAAGAUUCUGCACGUUUGAUAGGAUACCGGCGACGAUCGCAGUGGCAAAUUUUUUCUGUAAAUAGCUGUUUUUUUUCGCGCUUCAGCCCUACUUAAAGAUUUAAUUUUAUCUCUAGAUAAAAAUGUGAGAGAAAAAAAUAACAGUAGCUUCUUCUUCUCAUCCCAACCCGUUUCUAAUUCUAUUUGUAAAUUAUUGCGUUCUAGUUUUUAAUUAGGCUUUUCACUUUGUUAGUUAUCGUGCUGUAUUGGCAAAAUAAUGGCAUAUGAAUCAGUAUAAAGUAGCAGCCGUGGUAUAAAAUUAAACGAAAAAGAAAAAUACUAGUCCUUUGUGUGUGUGCGUGAUUGCGAGAACCGUAGGCGGAUGUGAUUUGUGAGUGAUGCGACAGAUGGUUAGAUAUGAAUACUCAGAGAGCAUAGGAAAGAAAUAUAGAGGGAUGGUUACAAUUAGAAGUGAUUGCGUUGAGCUACCGUUGAGAAGCGAUCGGAGGAAAAGAUAAGAGAAAAACGUUUUAUCAAGGUUACUAGCGAAAUGUUUGCUCGACUGCAGUCUUUGGAUAUUAGUGAUUGUACAAUGUAGAGACAGGUAAAAGGGAGAUGGAAUAACAGUAAACAACAAAUCGAAAACCAAUCAUUAUCGUGUACAUUGUGUAAAAAGACUGAAAAUAAUGUAAAAUAAAAUACUUCAGAGUAAUGAAUCUUGA